UCCCCACCUUGACAUUAUUCUCAGUUCACCGGGAAGAGAGGCACCCGGCGAGAACACCCUUACAGAGCAUCCCAUCACCGCUCUCCUUUGAUACCCUACAACACAAGCUCAUCUCUAUCCGCCCCCAUCUACACUCACACACGGCUGCACAUCGCUUGCACCUGUCCCACCAUACCAUCUGAGGGUCAGCCCGACAUACACUAGCCCACACCAGCACAAUGUCUACCAAGAAGGACAUUGAUGGUAACGAGGUGCUACCGGGGUACCGAGGCAAUCUCGAUGAUUCCCAGCAGAAGGCUCUUCGUGACUUUUACAAGAAGUUUUUUGAGCUGACGGAGCGAAACAAAGAGGUAUCUGAGAACCUCGAGAAGAAAGGUGGGCCCUCAAAGGCUGCAGGAGGCAAGCCUGCUCCACCCAAGGAUGACAAGCAGGCACAGAAAGACACACCAAAGGGCGACGCAGCCAAGGAAGAGGCAAAGAAGCAAGAGGAGAUGAAGGAGAUGAACCAAUUCCUCGACAAGUAUGGAGGACCUUACCUCAAGAGAGGUGUCUGGGAAUUCUGCAAGCACGAUCACCCAGAUGCUUCGAUGCUGCGUUUCCUGCGUGCACGAAAGUGGGACAUUGAUCGAGCUCUUGCCAUGCUGGCCGCUGCGUUGAAGUUCCGCUUUGAUAUGGACGUGGAAGGCAUCAUCCGGAAGGGUGAGGAGGGUCUCAAAGACGUCCCAGGGUUUCUGAACCAAUUCAGGCGAGGUAUCUCCUACAUCAAAGGAAACUCUGAAGCACCCGGAGAGUACCCCGUCUACUUUAUUCACGUAGCCAGGCACUUCACCAAUGCUCAGAAGCACGAGGUCCUGCAGCAAUUCGUUCUGCUUGCCAUGGAGAAUGCUCGACAGCUCACGACUCCACCUUACGAAAAGGCGGUGGUUAUCUUCGACAUGAAUGGCUUUGGUCUGAAGAACAUGGACUGGCAAUGUGUCUUGUUCCUCGUCAAGUGUCUUGAAGCGUACUACCCGGAGUCUCUCCAGAGAAUCUACGUCCACGGCGCACCGUGGAUCUUCAAGGGUAUUUGGCAAGUUCUGCAGCCCAUGCUUGACCCCGUUGUUCGAGACAAGAUCAAGUUCUCUUCCAAAGCGAGCGAAUUGUCUGACUACGUCUCCGCCGAGAAGCUCCGUGUCGGAAUGGGCGGUAAUAUGGACUGGGACUGGGACUACGUGGAGCCUGACCCAAGCGAGAAUGACGACCAGAACGACACUGAGAUGGUCAAGAAGAUGUGGGAGCAAUACAUGGGUCUCGGCAAGGAGUACGAGGACCUGACCAAGGAGUGGAUCGAUGCUGGUGACAACGACAAGUCCUCUCCCGAUCUGACCUAUCAGCGAGAGGUUGUUGCGAAGCAACUUCGUUUGACUGCCUUGCAGAUGACUCCCUACGUGCGAGCUCGCAACGUCUACCAGCGGACUGGGAUUCUGGCGGACGACGGCUCUUUCAGCUGGGAUUAUCCACAGAAGGACGGUGACACUGUCAGCCAGACCAUCAACGAAAAGGCCAAUAUCCCGGCAAUCAAGAAGUGGCUCGAAGACCACGAUGAGGACAAUCUCGAGGACACACCGGCCGGAAAGUACGGUUUCUGCGGCACUGAGCGCUCUGGAUCUGGCGGCAAGAAGCCAACGGCAAAGAAAGGAGCACCCAAGCAGAGCAAAGCCAAGUCCAGCGGCAAGUCCUCCGACAAGAAAAAGGAAGAGGAAGCUGCAGCAGGCGGCGCUGCUGCCGGUGGUGCCGGUGGUGCUGCAGCUGUGCUUUCCGGAGUCAAGAGCAAGACCAAGAACAAGGUCAUGGCCAAGAACCCCCUGAAGAAGAACAAGGAACCAGAGCCCGAGCCCGAACCAGAGUCGUCUUCUGAGUCCUCUGAAUCCAGCGAGGAGGAGGAAGAAGAAGAGGAGGAAGAGGAAGAGGAGGAGGCCCCACCCUCCAAGUCGAAGAAAGGUGCCAACGGCAACGCCAAUGGUGAUGACCAGCAGCAGACGUACACAGGUGCUGCUUUUGGCGCUGUUACUGGUGCUGCUGCUGCUGCAGGUGCUGCUGCCGCCGGUGCUGCCAGCUACAUCACAGGCAGUGGACAGCAGAACCAGGGUCAGCAAGAACAGUCUCAGCCUCAGCAGAAUGGCAAGAGGGGAUCGCGAAGUGCUCCCCAGCCUGCCGAGGAGGAGGAGGAGGACUACGACGAGGAAGGAGACCCAGAAGGCUACUCCGAUGAUGACCGUGCCUCAAACUACUCGGAGGAUUCCAUCACGCCAGAGACCAACGUCGAUCUCGACUUUGUCAACCCGAAGGGCGUCACGGCCUCGUCUGUCAAGAUCAGCGACAGCGACUGCCGAGAAGACCUUGCCACUGUGCGUGAGGCUAUGAGUCUCUUCCUCAACUCGCGCAUGAGGGAAGCGGAGGAGCUCUGUCGCGAUGGUGCUGAAACUCGACUGUACAAGGCGGAAGGUAUGGCCCUGAUCAACACAGUCAAGGCUAUCAUGACCUUCGAGCCUACCGACUUCCAGACCGCAAUCAUGUGCUGCAAGCACUCGAUGAGCAUUGCCGGCCUGUUGCGUAAGAAGAAGGGAACUCUGGGCAAGCUGCUCGGUGGCAGCAAGCAGAAGGCUUUCCAGCGCAUGAGCUUGGUCGAGCAGCAUUCCGAUCUGGUCUAUGCUGAAUCUUUGCUCCUCAAGUGUGUUCUCGGCAUCUUCUACGCUGGAGACACAAUUGCCUUUGUCAAGCAGGCUCUUGGUCUUCGAAGUGCCUACUUCACCAUGCGAGAGCUGCUCGAAUUCGUAGAGUACUGUGACGGCGAAGCAGAAGAGGCUCAAAUUGCCGGACGCCGCGCCAACUUCACCGUGGACCAGGACUUCCGCUCUGGUGUCUACCUCGGAAAUGGUCUUUGCUCCCUCGUCUUGUCUCUCCUGCCAAAGCAGGCUCUCAAGGUCAUGGAGGGCUUCGGAUUCGUUGGUGACCGCAAGUUCUCCCUCGACAUGUUUGGCCGAGCUGGAGGCUGGUCGAAGAGCAAGCCACUCCCAACCAUCUCUGCUGAGGAGGAGGGCGUUCGACGCCCGUUGUGCGACAUUGCCAUCCUGGUCUACCACUUGGUCAUCUCGGCCUAUGUUCCGGUCACCGACGUGGACUUCGAGUACGCUGACAAGAUCCUGUCUUGGGACCUGAUCCGCUACCCGAACGGAAUCUUCUUCCUCUACUUCUCAGCUCGUCUGUAUGCUGCUCAGGCUCUACCUGAGAAAGCCAUCGAGUAUUACCGAAACGCUAUUGAGUCUCAACGCGAGUACAAGCAGCUGCAUCACAUGUGCUUCUGGGACCUGUCCAUCACUUACUUGUCAACCUGCGACUACGGCCGCGCUCACGAGUGUUACGAUGUGCUCUCGAGAGAGUCGAACUGGUCCAAGGCCAUUUAUCAGUACGCCAAGGCUGUCAUGCUCUACGAGACUGGCAUGGAUGACCGAGCCAAAUCGGCCGUCGUCAUGCGCACCGUUUCUAAGCUCGUCAAGAAGGUGGCUGGUCGACAGAUUCCCUUUGAGCGAUUCGCCAUGCUCAAGUCCAAGAAGUACAUCGCCAACGGCAACAAGCUCCCUCUGCCAGGUCUCGAAUUCUCGUACCUCUGGCACUGCAUCGGUCAGAUGCCCAUCUUCCUUUUGGUUGAGCAGACUCUGACCCGCAUCGAUGAGUUCAUCGAUGAGCUGGAGUCGUACCAUGACCCCAAGACCUACCCUGGUGGCGAGACGGAGUAUUACGGUGCUUACUGUAUCUCGUACUUCUUGCGAGGUACUGCUCUGUCCCACGUCGCCUACCCUCCUCCUCACACUCUGGUCCGUCUGCCCACCGACGACUCGAUUGGUGCUCUGAGCGAUGUGGAGCAGGAUGCCAUCGGCUCCUUCACCAAGGUCUUCAAGUGGGCCAGCAAGGUCGACGAGGUGGAUCGGUACGUGUGCUACUUUGCCCACUACGAGUACGGACGUCUGCUAGCCGCGAUGAACAAGGGUGACCAGGCCAAGCUGGAAUUCCAGAAGGUCCUCAGCGGCAAGCCUCUGGAGGCCAAGGGCAAGGGUGGUCUCACCGGAAGCGCAAAGGCGUCGUACCUGCUGAGCAACAUGUGUCAAGUACGGUCACAUGCUGCCAUUGAGACGCUUCGCAUCCAGGGUAACCGCUCGAGCUCCUUCUACGGAUCCGAGUCGGGCACCUCUGCCGCCGGCUCCUCCAUCGGUGGAUCCUUGUCGUCAAGGUCCGCCUCGAUGUCUUCGAGGGCCUCCCGUCAGAGUAUGACCAGCGCCUCGAGCAAGUCGGGAAGGAGCAGUCGCACCUCGGCCUCUUCUCGGAAAGGCCAGCCGGCGGCAAUCUCCCCACCCAUUGACGGUGGUGCCAGUCUUGGAAGACAGUCUUCGAAGAUGAGCAAGUCUAGCAGUAGGAGGUCUGUUGGACAGGUGCCCGCUGCUGUGGGAGGAGAGACUACGGACUAUGGAGGCAGCCGUAGACGUUGAGAGAAGUGCAAUGUGCGCCGUGCUGAGUGAAGCCCCAGAUACCGUAAUUAGUCUCUUGUUUGAUCCGUGGUACUUGCGUCCCGUCCUUUGUUGCUUUGUCGAGCUCGCUGUCGUAGUUCUUGAUGACCACUAGGGUCCUCUCUUUGUUGCUUCUCUUUCUGACUCGAGCCCGCAGCCUCUUUUUUUUUGCCCAGUCUCAAUGUUAUCGUCUUCUCCGUUUCGCACAAGCCUGCCUGCGUCCUU